UAAAACCCCAUCUAUAAUGAUUACCUCCAAAUCUAUAGCUCUAACAAUAAUCUUCCUAUUAUAUCUAGUUUCUUGUGGCUCAAGUCAACGAGAAAGCAACUUUCUUAACCAUGGCUUCCUCGAGGCUAAUCUUCUCAAGUUCGGCUCCUCCAAGGUUUAUCCCAGUGGCCUCUUGGAGUUGACGAACGCAUCAAUGAGGCAAAUAGGUCAAGCUUUUCAUGGUUUUCCCAUACCCUUUUCAAACUCCAACUCCACCAAUUCGGUUUCUUUUUCCACAAGUUUCGUCUUUGCCAUCACUCAAGGAACCGGUGCACCAGGCCACGGCUUAGCUUUCGUCAUUUCACCCUCUAUGGACUUCAGCGGGGCUUUUCCAAGCAAUUAUCUGGGCCUCUUCAACACCUCCAACAAUGGAAACUCCUUGAAUCGUAUUCUCGCAAUUGAAUUUGACACCGUUCAGGCCGUUGAGUUGAAUGAUAUUGAUGAUAACCAUGUUGGUAUUGACCUAAAAGGAGUGACCUCCAUUGAGUCUGCACCAGCUGCAUAUUUUGAUGACCGAGAGGCCAAGAAUAUAAGCUUGAGGCUGGCGAGUGGUAAACCAAUUAGAGUCUGGAUCGAAUACAACGCAAUUGAGAUGAUGCUCAAUGUCACAUUGGCUCCUCUAGAUCGACCGAAGCCAAGUUCACCUCUUCUCUCGAGAAAACUGAAUCUUUCUGGGAUUUUCUCCCAAGAACAUCACGUUGGAUUCUCUGCGGCCACGGGAACUGUAGCGAGCUCACAUCUGGUUCUAGGUUGGAGCUUCAGCAUCGAGGGGAACGCUCCAGACUUUGAUAUCAGGAAGCUUCCUUCUCUUCCAGACCCGCCACCUCCAUUGUCUCCCUCCCCAAAUCCUCCGAUUUCAGACAAAAAAGAUUCGAACAACACGAAGCUGAUCGUUAUCUGCGCUGCAUCAGCAACAGUUGCAAUCAUGAUCCUGGUUCUCUUAGGGUUUUGGGUGUUCCGUAGAAAGCAAAUAUUCUUCACCGGAAGUGCUCGUAAAUUCUCCCACCAGACCAUUUCAAGUGCAACCGGAGGUUUCGACAGCUCUAAACUCUUGGGAGAAAGAAACUCUGGGAAUUUCUACAAAGGGCAGCUUGCUCCCACAGAGAUAAUCGCCGUAAAAAGAAUUACGUGUACCACAAGGCAACAAAAGAUAACCUUAAUUGCCGAGAUCGACGCGUUCUCAAAGACAAAACAAAGAAACCUUGUUAAUCUACAUGGUUACUGUAGCAAAGGAAACGAGAUGUAUCUUGUUUACGAGUACGUCUCUAAUGGAAGCCUUGACAGGUUCUUGUUCAGCAACGACCGACCAGUUCUCACUUGGUCAGACCGGUUCUGUAUCAUAAAGGGGAUUGCGGCAGCGCUUCAACACCUUCACGGCGAAGGUCAAAAACCCUUAAUCCACGGAAACGUCAAGGCCAGCAACGUACUCUUAGACGAAGAACUAAACUCCCGACUAGGAGACUAUGGACAAGGAAGCAGAGACAGCACCUCGGGACACAUGGCACCAGAACUAGUCAACACGGGAAAGGCUACACGUGACACAGAUGUGUUUCAGUUUGGAGUUUUAAUGAUGGAGAUUGUCUGUGGAAGGAAAGCCAUAGAGCCGACAAAACCUCCUGAAGAGAUCAGUUUAGUGAACUGGGUGCUUCAAGGUUUCAAGAAGGGAGAUCUGUUACAGAGAUGCGACACAAGAAUUAAUCGAGAGCAUUUGGUGGCUCGAGAAGUGUUAGUGGUCCUGAAAACAGGACUUCUCUGUGCAAACCAAUCUCCAGAAGUUAGGCCGAUGAUGAAGCACGUGUUUCGGUUUCUCGAUGGUACAGAACAACUCCCCCAUGAUGACUAUCUCUUCUAUGGAGUCUAACAGAGCAUUCAAAUCGACUCAUAAGGUGAUAUCGAACACAAUUGUUAUUGAAGCGUUUUCGUUUUGGUAGUGUAAAUAAUGAUUGGACCAAGACAUGAUGUAAAUCUAAAAAUUGUACCAUACUGUAAGAUAUUUGCUUCUAAGUUCUAAUAAAUAGUUUUCGUGAUUAAAAAAAGAGAUAAGAAAAUUUGCAAUGCAUAGUUUACAGACAUCUCAAGCAGAACACAGAAGAUGGUUAACCCAACAUGCAACCAUCAGUAUACAAACAGCAAAAUAGAGAUCAGAAAAGUCGGUUCCACAAAUCUGAUCGUAGGAAAAGAG